AUGACAGGAAAAAGAUAAACUUCUUCACACGUCGAGGCACUUUUCCGACAUUUAUCUGAUUUUUCUCGUAAUUUAAACACUUAAUUGUGCUAGUAAGUUAAAAUAAGGGUUCAAAAAUGCGUCCAGUGACGUUUUUCUUUGCGUUCACUAUUUUAUUUGUAGCAGUUACUGCAAGAAUUGAUCCCAAAAACUUGAAGUGUUUAGUGUGUCGGACGACCUUCGAGGAGCUUAACGAUGUGAUAAAAAAAGUAGAUAAAUGGAAGAAAAUCGAUGUUGGCAACUUCAGAAUGGACGCAAGUGGCAACACUAUGCAAGAAAAGGUGCCUGCUCACAGGUCAGCUGUGUACAUCUCUGAAGUGAUUGAUGGCAUUUGCAAGAAGAUGGAUGACUACGUGCGAGUCUACUACAAAGCUACCAACAAGCUGGCCAUCAUGCAGCUUAUCACCAAGGACGGAAGCAUGAACCCCGAUUUCAGCAAGACCAAGUUUGUCACCGACGAUGACCUCAACAAGAGCUUGGAGUACUAUUGCGAGCGCAUGUUCGAGGAGAAUGAGGAUGAGAUCACGACGCUGUACAAGGAGAGACCUCAUGACGAUAUCAUGCCCGAUGCUGAGAGAGAGAUCUGCUUCAACACCGCGAAAUACUGUGAAGAAUGGAUGUUACCCAACGAUGAAGACACCACAUGGACACAAGAAAUGGAGAGGGAGUAUGUCAAGGUCCACGGCCCCGACCCGUACGGUUUCGGCGGCCUCCCCCCUCAGAGCGAGAUGCCGGACUUCAGCAAGGACUACGACGAUACCGAGCAACAAACCGACGAGAUCGAUCUACAGGCUGAAAACGAUAAGGAUGAGCUGUAAAUGUUA